AAAAGGGGGGCGGGGAAUAAAAAAAAAAAAAUUAAAAUCAUGGCUGCGGCGGUGUGGACUGAUCGAGGGCGACGGGCUGCAACGCUUGUGGGGACUGUGACUGGAUCCAGGUCGAGUCACACAUACUUAAAAUCCCACUAUGACGCGCUGGUCAUCGGUGGAGGACACAAUGGACUGGUGGCAGCAGCCUAUCUUCAGAAGGGAGGACUGAAGACAGCAGUGUUGGAGCGGAGGCACGUGCUGGGAGGGGCAGCUGUUUCAGAGGAGAUCUUCCCUGGUUUCCGCUUCUCCAGGUGCUCCUAUUUGCUCAGUUUGUUGCGACCCCACAUAUACACUGAACUGGAGCUAAAGAAACACGGGCUGAAGGUGUAUGGCAGAAACCCCCACGCUUACACUCCCAUGCUGGAGGAAGGGGUGGGAGGUGCCCCACCAAGGUCUCUCACCCUGGGCUCAGAUCUCUCCAUGAACCUGAAAGAGAUCGGCAAGUUCUCACAGAAGGAUGCUAAGGCUUAUCCAGAAUUUGUUGCGCACCUUGAAAAGCUAUCGGGAGCUAUCACCCCUCUCCUGGACGCUGUACCUGCUGAUAUUCCAGGUGUCACCACUGGAUCACUAAGGCAGAGGCUGGCUGCAGCUAAAACACUGAUGCCUAUCGUCAAAUGUGGUCUAAAACUGGGCAAAAACAUUCCAGACUUUUAUGAGAUUAUAACGGCGCCAAUAAUGAAGAUUCUCACUCAGUGGUUCGAGUCGGAGCCUCUGAGAGCAACGCUGGCGACUGACGGCGUGAUAGGAGCCAUGACCAGUCCUAGUAAUCCCGGUAGCGGGUAUGUACUCUUGCACCAUGUGAUGGGAGAGCUGGAGGAGGAGAAGGGAGCUUGGGGCUAUGUGGAGGGAGGCAUGGGAGGCGUGUCUCAGGCUAUCGCUAAUGCCGCUCGAUCUUACGGUGUAGACAUUUUCACUGAGAAGGAUGUAGGACAAAUCCUUGUUGGUUCAGAUGGUGUUACCAAGGGAGUGGCGCUGAAGGAUGGAACAGAGAUCCACAGUAAAGUAGUUUUAUCCAAUGCCACUCCGUAUGUUACCUUCAAGAACCUCACCCCGCAGGAUGCCCUUUCUCCAGAGUUCAUUAAAGCUGUAGAUCAGAUAGAUUACACCUCUCCUGUCACCAAGAUCAACGUGGCAGUAGACAAGCUACCGAACUUCCUAGCGUCUCCCACGCCGGAUGACAAACCCGGACCCCACCAUCAGUGCUCAAUUCAUCUGAACUGUGAAAGUGUAGACGUUCUGGAGGCGGCGUACAAAGAGGCCGCAAAUGGGCGCCCUUCGGGAAGGCCUAUGAUAGAGAUGACCAUUCCUUCCGUGUUGGAUCCUACUCUGGCUCCCCCUGGCUCCCAUGUCGUGUCGCUGUUCACUCAGUUCACCCCCUACCACAUAGAAGGAAGAGAGUGGACUGACCAGGACAAGGAGGCCUUUGCGGACACUGUGUUUGACUGGGUGGAGCAGUAUGCCCCGGGGUUUAAGAAGUCAGUGGUGGGCAGGGACGUCCUGACUCCACCCGACCUGGAGAGGAUCUUUGGGCUUACCGGAGGGAAUAUCUUCCACGGAUCAAUGUCACUGGACCAACUCUUCAUAGCACGACCUUUACCCUCCUUCUCCGACUACCGGUCACCAGUUAAAGGACUCUAUCUGUGUGGCAGUGGAUGUCAUCCAGGCGGGGGUGUGAUGGGUUCGCCUGGCUGGAAUGCAGCUCUCACUGUCAUGGCUGACCUGAAACGUCACUAAGGCAUCUCACAGCACCGGUGUGGUGUCCUCUGAUCAGUGUUUAAUCUCCCUUUCAUGUGAAUGUGAUUGUUUUGAGACAUAAAUUUGAGCACUCUGUUUGUUUAGCUUGUAUCGUAUUAUGGUGCACAGGCUGGUUGUGACGAUACGGACCAAAUGGUUGAUGCAAUAAUAUAAAUGACUUGGGAUUUAAGAGACGAGGAAGAAGCUCGAUGAAACACGAUGCUUGUAGUUCGUCCAUGUGUUAACCUCCCCAGCAGAAAAACACACAGUACUGGAGUGACAUGUCUCAUGAAGUAAUCUAAAUGAGUCAGCAGAAAUUACUACUAGUAACACCUUUACGUUGAAUGCAAAUGUAUUUUUAGACUAACUGUGAUUUCUCAAUGAAAUGAAAACUUUUUUAAUGAUAUAAAUGAUGGACACUCCAACAUUGUACGAGCUACUUUGAAUAAAUUUAAAUGAGUUCAGACAAAUGUGAUUUAUUUCCCUCUUCCUCCAUAUAGCUUUUGUCGGUGUCUUUUACUGUAAGUUGUGCUUAUUCGGCAGGCUCACAUUUGAAUUUUAACAUAGUCUGUUCAAGCCAAAUACUACGACUGCUGUGACGUGAUAAAGGCCUAUUUAUCUUUA